AGGUGGCGUUUGUGUUGGAAUAAUGAAGAUAGUUCCCAAGAUUGUGAUCAAGACAGUUGUACUCAGCAUGUACAAGUUUGCAGGGGUGUCAACAUAUAGUAGCACACAGUAUAGGAAGACAUUACCACCGCAUGGCAAACAUUACACAUCAGAGUUCAUGAUACCACCUAUAAAGAUGAGAAUGAAGAAGCCUCACACGAAGCUAGACGAGGAUGAAGAUGACGCGUCGACGACAUCAUCGUGUCAUAGUGAUGUCACAACCGAUGAGAUGAUGUCAUCAGUUGAUGAUGUCACACCUCGAUCAUGGUUUAGCUGGAUGAUGAUAUGCAACACCGUACUUAGCCUCGCUUCCCGAGGGAAAGCUGUUUGGGACGCUGAUGUUCCAAUACAGGUGAUCGUGUACACGCUGUUAACCUUUAGUGCCGUUGAGAUAAUACCAAGAGUGUUUCACAUUAUUGGUGUGUGAUGUCAUAAUGGACAUUGUGAUGUCAUGAAGGUACGGUUCUAUGAUGUCAUCAUGUUUAUACAUCAAGUCCAUUAUCUCAAAAUAAAGACAUUUGUUUGGGUUCUAUUUCACAAAGUUAUCUCACAAACUGCACUGUGACAUCACAGAUAACUAUUUUGAAAUUUAUUGACAUCAUAAUACAACUUGUGAUGCUUUGUUUAUGUCAUAAUGUAAUGUUUGUGAUGUAUUUAGAUAACCUAAUCAUAUAAUCUGUGUUAUUCCUGAUUUAAAAAAUUACAAAAAAUGUUGAAUUUUUUCGCAUGGAUUCUAUUUUUACCAAAAGUUAUAAAUUACUAAAAAAAUUUUAACACUUUUGUUUAAAAAUAGAACCUGUUUUCAAAUAAUUAAACAUUCCAAUUUAUAUAAUGUUUAAUUAACAAAUAUCACUUAAUUAAACAUUUCAUCAUUUUUUCAAAUCAAGACAGUCUGAAAUUUCAAUACAAACACUACAGCCCAUUCAUAUAUAUAUAUGACACAAAAAUAUCUUCAUUUCAGAUGUUUCAGUUUAAAAACUAUAACCAUCUCAGUGAAGUUUUAAGGUUUGAAAAAAACAAUUGUGUCACAUAUACAUAUAUGCUGUUAUGUUAGUAUUGAAACUGACCAAAUUUGUGUUUUAUGACAGAAAUUUAAUGCACAUAACAUUUAAUUUUCCGUGCAAAUUUAUAAUCUGAAUUGUAACUAUUUUUGUUUAAUUAAAUUACUUGUAAAGUUUUUGAUAUCAUAUUGGCCCAUGCAUCUUCGGAGUGCUUACUGCACUUUAACUUAAACUUUUAAUCUUCUUUUGGUUAAUUUCUUCGUCUGUUUAAAAAGCUGGUGCUAUUAUUACUGGCUUUGUUUAAAGUAAAUUAGGAAAUUGUUUUGUUUUUUGUAAAGAUAAUGAAAUAAAAUACCGUUGUUUA